AUGGACAUCAAUUUCUGUGUGAAGAAUAUAGGAAUAUGCUUCAUCAAGAAAACAUGCGCUGAGAUGGAGCCGUUAUUAGACCAAGAUUCAGGUCAAACUCAAGAGGAGCACGCUGAAACCUUGGGAAUGAAUCAGCAGGCAAUUUCAGGCUUUCUCAAGGUCUUGGGUUUGGUGCAACAACAAGAAAGUUGGGUAUCGUUGAACUCCAGCCACGAAACGUCGAACGCCGUUUCGUCACGUGCGAACAAAUGCUCCAAAGGCAAAAUCGAAAGGGUUUCUUUGCAUCGAAUCUUGACAGAUGACGAAAAAUGGAUACACACCGACAACCCAAAGCGCAGGAAAUUCUGGGGUCAGCCCAGCCAUGCAUCAAUUUCAAUGGCCAUACUGAAUAUUCAUGGCAAGAAGUUGAUGGUGUGGAUGUGGUGGGACCAGCUCGGAGUGAUCUGCCAUGAGGUAAUCAGUUUCUUUUCUGAAGAUGUUACUGUCCCCAGCACAACAGUGACACUUUUCUCAUCGGUGGAAAAAUGUGAACUGUAG